AAUAAAUUUUUUUUUUUUAGCGAAGCCUCUCUCUCGUUCGAUUCGCUUCUAAAACACAAAACCAAGUCCAACUUGUUUCUGCAUAAUCUUUCAACCCUUUUCAACUCCCAAGUCCUCUCGAUAAUGUGUGGAGGUGCUAUUAUUUCCGAUUUCAUCCCGCCGACGCGGUCCCGGCGAGUCACCGCCGCCGACUUCGUCUGGCCUGAUCUCAAGAAAUCCAGCUCCGGCAAGCGGUUCGCCGCCGGCGGCCGGCCUCUCCGGUCCGAAAUCCUAGGAUUGAACGACGAUUUCGAGGCUGAUUUCCAGGAAUUCAAGGACGAGUCUGAUGUGGACGACGAUGAGGAGAUGGUCGAUUCCAGGCCCUUCGCUUUCUCCGCCGGAAAAACGACCUCUUCUACUGCUCGUGGCUCCAAGACUGUGAAAUCUGUGGAGUGCAAUAGCCAAGCUGAGAAAUCUGCAAAAAGGAAGAGGAAGAACCAGUAUAGGGGAAUUCGUCAGCGUCCAUGGGGUAAGUGGGCUGCCGAGAUCCGAGACCCAAGGAAAGGAGUCCGGGUUUGGCUCGGAACCUUCAACACUGCUGAAGAGGCUGCAAGGGCCUAUGAUGCUGAGGCACGUAGAAUUCGUGGCAAGAAAGCCAAGGUGAAUUUUCCUGAAGAACCCCCUCGUGCUUCUGCAAAGCGUGCUGUCAAGGCAAAUCCUCAGAAAGUUCUACCCAAAACAAACUUGGACAAUAUCCAGUCUAAUCUGAACCAGAACUUCAAUUUUGUGAAUGGCUCUGAUCAAGAUUACUACAAUUCUAUGAGUUUCCUGGAAGAGAAACCCCAAACUAAUAAUUUUGGGUACAUGGACUCUGUCCUUACCAAUGGAGACUUUGGGCUGAAAUCCUCCACUCUAUCUGACGCUGCCGCUCUGUAUUUCAGUUCUGAUCAGGGAAGCAAUUCCUUUGACUGUUCUGACUUUAGUUUGUUUGAACAAGGUUCAAAGACUCCUGAAAUCUCAUCUGUUCUUUCAUCUGUUCUGGAAGAAAAUGAGAACUCACUGUUUCUUGAGGAUGCUAAUCCAACAAAGAAACUGAAGGCUAACCCUGAGGAUCUUGUGCCUGCUGAGAAUAAUGUUGUUCCAAAGACACUAUCUGAGGAGUUGUCAGCUUUUGAGAUGAAAUAUUGUCAGACGCCAUAUCUGGAGGGGAGCUGGGAUACUUCCAUUGAUACCUUUCUCAAUGGUGAUGCAACCCAGGAUGGUUGUAACCCAGUGGAUCUUUGGAGCUUUGAUGACCUUCCUUCAAUGUCUGGGGGAGUUUUCUAAGCGCACCAGCUUUUCAAGUUUAUGUAAAUAAAGCUACAUGUUAGAAGGGUUUCGCCGGAGUGCAAGCAGUGGAACAUGCACAAGGCUUGUGUGGGGAGUAUUUUAAGCUGUAGCUGCUGGUGUAUUGGGGAGUAUAUAGGUAUUAGGUUUACUUCUACCUUGAAAGACUUAUUUUCGCUUGCUAAACUUGUUGUUUGUACUGAUGUGAUGGGAAUGUGUGAGCCGUGAUGAUACUGAAACCUGAUGAUUGUGAACUUUGGUUUGUUUUAAUUUAUUCAGGUCUUUUCUUAUACAA